AUGACUCGAGAGCCGCUGAACGUUGUGAUUCUAGGUGGAUCUUUCGCCGGUAUCUCUGUUGCCCAUCAAUUUCUCGACAAUAUUAUCUCAUCAUUAAGCACCUUCGAAGAGGCGCCAACAUAUCGAGUCGUCCUUGUCAGUCCAUCCACACAUCUGUACUGGAACAUCUGCGCACCACGCGCGAUUGUCUCUGAUGAGCUCAUACCGGUAGAGUCUGCCUUCGUGGAAAUUGAGCCGGGGUUCAGCCGUUACUCCUUCAAUGUUUUCACAUUCAUGCAAGGGUUGGCAACAAGGGUUGACACGAGCGCGCACACAGUCACCGUUGAGCUUGCAUCCAAUGACAACAACAAAGCCUCGAAACGCUCCUCUGCGCUCUCGGGAGCUACUGACCGUACCGACUCCACCACAAGAUCUCGAUCUGCCCUCCCGACCUCCCCGACUACUCCCACCGACUAUCGACCCACUGGAGCAUCUAGAACUAGCAUUAUACAGACGAUUCCGUACCACGCUCUUAUCCUCGCCACUGGGACUUCCGCAAACUCACCCCUUUAUUCUCUCCAUGGCUCCCACGAAAACACAAUCGCGGAGAUCCGCCAAUUCCAUGCGCAAGUUCAAAAUGCCCAAAGCAUUUUGAUAGUAGGAGGUGGACCCCCCACCAUCAAAGAACUACCUCCUCGCCCAGCCUCUUCCACCACCGCCACCACCCCCUCCAUCCAAAUCACUCCUCCCACCACCUCCCCGCACCCCCGGCAGCGACGAACCGCUAAAACCAUAACCCUCCUCUCCGGCUCCACCCGGCUCCUGCCCAAACUGCCCGAGCCCGUCGGUGCGCACGCCUCCAAGCUCCUCGCCCGCCUCGGCGUGCACGUCGUCCACUCGAUCCGCCAAGUCGCCGCCACGCACAACGCUGACGGCUCCGCCAACUGCAUCCUCAACAACGACAUGACCAUCACGGCCGACCUGGUCAUCGAAGCCACGGGCGUCACGCCCAACACAUCCUACCUGCCCGCCAGCAUGCUCGACGACGCCGGCUACGUGAUCACGGACCCGGAGGACCUGCGCGUAUACGGGCCCGACAUCGGCGCGCGCGUCUACGCCGUGGGCGACUGCGCGAGCUACUCCAAGAACUACGUGCUCGACGUGUACGAGGCGGUCCCCGUGCUGGCGAAGAACCUGCAGAACGACCUGCUGGCGCACGAGUACCGGCUCGAGGCGCAGCUGAGCCGGGCGGAGCCGGCGGCCGUGGUGAGGCGCGUGGAGCGGUUGCGGGAUGCGCGGUUUGUGCAGAACCCGACGGAUAGCCAGCUCAUGCCGAUUAGCAGGUAUGGGGGCGUGGGCGUGAUUUUUGAUGUCAGGGUGCCGAGUUUUAUGGUGCAUUUGCUGAAGGGGCGGGAUUACAAGUUGGGGAAGGCGGGGGCGGCGGUGGGGAGGGGGCGGAAUCCGUAUGAGACGCCGGGGAAGAGGUAG